AUGGAAAUGAAUCACCUCAUAGGUCAGCGUUUCAACCUGAUUUCGAAAAGUGACAUUCGCUAUGUCGGUACUCUUCACGAAAUCAACCCCGAAGCUUCCACGAUAGCUCUUGAGAAUGUCAUGUCAUUCGGCUCAGAAGGGCGCCGUGGCAACCCCGCCGAGGAAGUCCCCCCUCCACCAGCGUCUACGAGUACAUCGUCUUUCGAGGAAGCGAUGUGA